UGCGUUUCUUAGGACACCGAGAGACACAACUUGAAGCUCGUGAUAAUAAAAAAGGGACGGGAGAAGAGACCGGUUCGUAUUUAAACACAAACCCCGCCACUAGAACCCAAGAAAGAAGAGCAGGAAGACUCGUCUGAGCCGCAUCACGAUUCCCUCUCCUCCUCCCACCCGCUCGCCGUUGCAACAGCAAAGUCGGACACCCUUUUCGAGUUUUUCGAUCAGCUUCUGCGCCCGUGCUCGAUCUGGGCCUCUUCCGAAUACCGCCGCCGCCGCUGCCGUCGUCGUCAUGAAGAGGAGCUUCGAUCUCGAGCUUCGGCUCCAGCCGUAUUCCAUCCCCGAUUUCCUGGCGUCGUCGGGGUCGUCGUCGUCGUCGACGGGAUCUGCUGAGUGCUCGCCGGAAGAGCAGCAGAAGUUGACCAUAUUCUAUGAUGGCAAAGUCUGUGCGUCCGCUGUUACUGAACUGCAGGCCAGACAAAUAAUUCUGCUUGCAAACAGAGAAACGGAGGAGAGAAGCAGCAAGACUCCAACUGGCUCGGAGCCCUCGACGCCGAGUUUAUGGUCUCAACCCUCAACGCCGAAUGUGCAGCCUCAGGUCUACAGCUCCACAGGCCUCUCAAUGAAGAGGUCUCUGCAGAAAUUCCUCCAGAAGCGGCAGCAUCGGAUCCAAGCCACAUCUCCUUAUCACCAUUAGCAAUUUUAAUCGUUUCAGCUUCUGAGAGAGUUGUGAAUUGAUAUGUUCUUCGUCCUCUUGGAUAAGAUAUGUUCUUGAUCGACUAACUUGAAUAUGGUGUAUAAAGUUUCAAGUCAGAUGUGUCAUGCCGCUCAUGAUUGAAGUUCCUUGUUGACCCCUCAUGAUUUGGAUGGAUUCUUCGUUUAGGCUUCGGAUUUUAUUAUGGAUCAGUAAGAGCUAUAGCUGCAGAUCUGGAUGUAAAACCAAUUUUGAGAAAAUAUGAUUUUUGGGUAUUAGCUUAA